CUUUAACAUUCAUCCAAGAAAACAUUUCAAUUUCUCCCUUCAUAAUAACUAGCUAGUUUUUCAUAAUGGCCUUUGCAAAAACAAGCCAGUACCUUUGCUUAGCUUUGUUCUUCAUAUUUUUGGGAGUUUGGAGCUCUCAAGUAGCUUCAUCACGUCCAAUCAACUAUGAGGCAAGCAUGCGAGCUAGGCAUGACCAAUGGAUUGCUCAUCAUGAAAAAAUUUACAAAGAUUUGAAUGAGAAAGAAAUGCGUUUUCAAAUAUUUAAAGAAAACGUGGAACGUAUAGAAGCUUUUAAUGCAGGUGAAGAUAAAGGGUACAAACUUGGCGUUAAUAAAUUCACUGAUCUCACGAAUGAGGAAUUUCGUGUAUUGCAUACUGGUUACAAGAGAUCACACCCUAAGGUCAUGUCUUCCUCAAAGCCAAAGACACAUUUUAGAUAUGCUAAUGUGACAGACAUACCGCCAACUAUGGAUUGGAGAAAGAAAGGUGCGGUUACCCCUAUCAAGGACCAAAAGGAAUGUGGGUGUUGUUGGGCAUUCUCUGCAGUAGCUGCUAUGGAAGGGCUACAUCAACUGAAAACAGGAAAAUUGAUCCCUUUAUCAGAGCAAGAACUUGUAGACUGUGAUGUCGAAGGCGAGGACGAAGGUUGUAGCGGUGGACUCUUGGACACUGCCUUUGAAUUCAUCACGAAAAACAAGGGUCUCGCAACAGAAGCAAACUAUCCAUACAAAGGAGAAGAUGGUGUCUGCAACAAGAAAAAGUCAGCUCUUUCAGCAGCCAAAAUUACAGGAUAUGAAGAUGUGCCAGCCAACAGUGAGAAGGCUCUUUUGCAGGCAGUGGCUAAUCAACCAGUGUCGGUGGCAAUAGACGGGAGUAGCUUCGAUUUCCAGUUCUAUUCAAGUGGUGUAUUCAGUGGAUCAUGUAGCACUUGGCUUAACCAUGCUGUUACAGCAGUAGGAUAUGGUGCUACAAGUGAUGGUACAAAAUAUUGGAUUAUGAAGAAUUCAUGGGGCAGUAAAUGGGGUGACAGUGGAUAUAUGCGCAUCAAAAGGGAUGUUCAUGAGAAACAAGGCCUUUGUGGACUUGCUAUGGAUGCUUCUUAUCCCACUGCCUAAAAGGAAAUUAAUUAUCCUUAGCUUUUUUUAGUACUUUUCAACCAUGUUUAUAUAUGUGGAUAUGUUGUGGGUUUGAGGUAGACUUGGAUUAGACUGUUCAUAUAUAUAGUUAAAGCACUUAAAAGGUGCCAGCUUCUAAAUUGUAAUUUUAUGCUCAUCAUGUGAAUUAUAAUGGUUAUUGUCUAAAUUUGAUUUGACUUGUCA